AGUGCCGCCAAUAUCGAUUGCCAUAAAUAUUUGGACACUUGCCGGGCUCCGCUCAUUUGCAGUCAUGGAGUUCUUUGCCACGGGUGCCUUUCAGCAGCUGUACAGUGAGCUGGACGAUGAGUGCGGCGGCGUCGGAGGCGGAGGAGGAGUCUGCUCCGAUCUGAUACUGACCGCCAGUGCGGAUGUUUUGGCUGGCGGCUUCCGAUUACGGCAAUGCUGCCAUGGAGCCGACUGGCCAGCAGUGCGACCAGCUGCCAGUGGACACCGAAUACUACGGCAUCAUCACCUUGGACAGCAACAACAACCGAAGCAACAACCGAGCAGCGACUACGACUACGACUACGACUACAUUGGGCAUGCACCCUACGCGGCAGAGGAGCAUGGAUUGUUCUUUGAUUUCAGCGAUCAGGAGCUGUCCGGCUGCUCCACCUCCACGUGCACCACCGGAUCGCGUGCUUCCCCAGAGCUGAGCGAAUGGGAGCAGCGGCUGCUGGACCACUUUGUGGAGAUACCCGAGCUGAUAGACUUCCUGCCCGAGCGGACGCCCCUCUGCACGGACAUGUGCGACGACUUUCUCGAGGAGAGCAACAGCAAUCUGCGCCUGGCUGCCCCCGUCUCCUGCCACUGCCACUCCACUGCAGCAUCCCCAGCAGCAUCCCCAGGCUCGACUGCCACGGACACUGCUGCCGUGCCACAGCUCAGCCAAAAUGCGGCGGGCGAGCGGGGCUACCUGUGCACCUUCGGCAACUGCGAGAAGCUCUACGCGAAGCCCGCCCACCUCAAGGCCCACCUGCGCCGGCACCUGGGCGAGAAGCCGUACGCCUGCAGCUGGCCGGAGUGCACCUGGCGCUUCUCCCGCUCCGACGAGCUGGCCCGCCACCGCCGCUCCCACUCGGGCAUUAAGCCCUACAAGUGUGACUACUGCGCCAAGUGCUUCGCCCGCUCCGACCACCUCACCAAGCACCGCAAGGUGCACGAGCGCCGCCUCCAGGCAGCCACGCGCCUCGGCAAGCUGCUGCCCGCCGAUGUCUACGCCGUGCGGCCGGGCCGCAAGCGAAAGAACCAGCUCUGAUCCUCAGUCAAUAAAAUUAUGUACCUUAAACUGUUGAGGAGGCAUGGGGGAGGCCAGGGGAAAUUCGCAACGAAAAUGCAUUAAUUUUUGUUUGUUGGGUUUUUUUUUGUAAUUAAUUAAUUAAAGAAAUUAAUCUGCGCACUGACCA